UCCUUUUCCUCCUUCCUCUUCCCCGCCCCCUCCUCUUCUCUUUCCCCCACCUCUUGCCCCUCCUCCUCCCCCUCUUCCUCCUCCCCUUCCCCGCCCCCUCCUCCUCCUCCUCCCCCGCAUGGCCGAGCCGGGAGCGCGGCGGGGCAGGCGAGAGGAGCGGCGGCGGCGGCGGGAUGGGCGGCUGCGGCGGGGCCGGAGGGACCCAGGCCCGGGGGCUCCGCUGCCCCCACUAGCCUCUCCUCCUCCUCCUCCUCCUCGGGGGUCUCCGGCUGCAGGAGCGGCGGCGGCGCAGGCAGCCAGCCAGCCAGCCCAGGAGGCGCGGUGGCGCGGACCUCGCCGGGCGUGCCGGCCCCGGAGCCUCCCGGCGCCCGCAUGUCCUACAAGCCCCCCGGGCCAGGGCAGCGGCAGCAACCAAGUCCCGCAGAGCAAAUACGCAGAACUCCUGACCAUCAUCGAAGAAUUAGGAAAAGAAAUCAGGCCUACGUACGCCGGGAGUAAAAGUGCCAUGGAGAGGCUAAAACGAGGUAAAAGUUUAGGUAUCAUUCACGCCAGAGGUCUGGUCCGAGAAUGUUUAGCAGAGACGGAGAGAAAUGCAAGAUCUUAAGAUCCCUUCGGCCUCUGCCUUCCAAGAGACCACCCCCCCCUCCCCGGUCCUCUGGGAAAAAAACAACAACAACGCAGACCAAUCUUUCCAACUGGCAAUUCUGCACGGCUUCUUUCUUAAGUUUGGGGUGAUAGUUCCCCUUUUCAAGAACGGUGGCCGAAGAUUUCUGGGGGCCCCGUUGGAAUCCCCGCUCCCCCAUUCAAGACGUUUCCAUGCUCUCACAAACUUGCUUUUGACUCUCAUUGUUUCCGCAAGCCACCAUCCUGGAUCGGUCCAUCAAAACGAAAGAAAAGAAACCCUCCCUCGGAAGGAUGGAAACUGUUCAGAGGGCUGUUUGUUUAUUUUUUCUGUUCUUUUUCCACCCAAAUUCUGCUCAACAAGCUUUGCCUCUUUCCCGUUUUUUAAGUUGUCGCCUGCACCCAACAUCCCCUCUCAAACUUUCUGCAAUCGCUUUCCAGGCGCGCAGCCUCUCAAGAUCGUUUUUCCGGUCUGCGUUCAGGGCCGGUUGAGGGGUCCCUUGCAGCUUUCCAGAGAUCCCUUGGCUGAAAUAAAGCUGGACAGGUUCCCCUCUCGGAAAUCUCACCCCCACCCUCUUGCGUUAGUGGCGUUUUUUUCUAUACAAUGCAUCAGUAGAAGACAGAACUAUACUGUUACAUCGAUAAGUUGUUGAUAUCCACACACACACACACAAAAAAACCAGAAUCCUGCACAAUCCACCCAGAUAAAUACUUAGGAUUUGCUGGGUGAGCCUCUUUUUGUGGGUCGGGGGAGGAAAUUGCCUUAAUCGCCCCAAAUUAACUUGCCUCCCAGCCCAACCAUUUCAGGAAUUGUUUUUAAACUGGAAGAAUUCUAAAAUUCCCUGCCAUCUGCCCUUCAAGCGCCAUAAUCAUCUGGAGUAUUAUUCCUUUGGCCCGCAGAACCAUAAACG